GAAGUUGGGCUGAGUGCGAGGGACUGAUCCUUCAAGCGCUUGCCUGCCGACCGGGCCUUUCUGGGUGCUUUCCAACCCCACUUCUUCCGCUCCCUUCUGUUUGGUCAGUACAUAAUGGAAGCAGCAUGGCCACUCAUUUCUCCUUGACACAGAAUUUCAGUCUGUACUUGUGAAUGACACAUCAUGGGCACCCAGUGUUGUGACAUUAAGCAGCUUAAUGUUACAUUGUCAAGUGCAAAUCCCGUGUAUGAGAAGUAUUAUCGUCAGGUUGAUCCUGGUAAUUCUGGAAGGGUAUUGGCUUCUGACGCUGCUGUCUUCCUGAAGAAAUCAGGACUGACAGAUUUGAUUCUUGGGAAGAUUUGGGACCUUGCUGAUACCGAUGGCAAAGGUAUCUUAAAUAAACAGGAAUUUUUUGUGGCUUUACGACUUGUAUCCUGUGCACAGAAUGGACUGGAUGUUUCACUGAGUAGCCUUAACUUGCCUGUCCCUCCACCAAGAUUUAAUGAUUCUACUAGUCCCCUACUAUCUGGAGGAACACCAACUGAUAUCCCAUGGGCUGUUAAGCUAGAAGACAAGGCCAAGUAUGAUGCUAUUUUUGACAGCCUAAACCCCAUGAAUGGAUUGUUGUCAGGUGAUAAAGUGAAACCUGUUCUACUCAACUCCAAACUACCAGUUGACAUCUUGGGAAGGGUUUGGGAGCUAAGUGACAUUGACCAUGAUGGAAUGCUGGAUCGGGAUGAAUUUGCAGUUGCUAUGUACUUGGUGUACUGUGCUCUUGAGAAGGAACCUGUGCCAAUGUCCUUGCCUCCAGGAUUGGUGCCACCUUGUAAAAGAAAAGGUGUCAAUAUUCCAGGUGCAGUACAAUUGGUGCCACCUUCAUCCUCUAGUAAAGAUUCUCAUCAGUCCAUACCACCUGUAGGCCUCUUGCCACCCAAAGCAACGUCAACACAGUGGGUUGUAUCAGCUGCAGAUGCAAUAAAAUAUCAUGAAAUAUUUCUGAAAACUGACAAAGACAUGGAUGGCUUUGUCUCUGGUAUGGAAGCUAGAGAAUUAUUCUUAAAGACUGGUCUGCCCUCUGCCUUACUUGCACAUAUCUGGGCACUCUGUGACACGAAGGACUGUGGGAAGCUUUCCAAGGAACAGUUUGCCUUGGCCUUUCAUUUCAUCAAUCAGAAGCUGACAAAGGGGAUUGAUCCUCCUCAGGUGCUAACAGUAGAUAUGAUUCCGCCAUCAGAGAGGACCACUCUGCAAAAGAACACAGUAGGACCGAGUGCUGUGGCAGAUUUUUCUGCAAUCAAAGAGCUAGAUACUUUAAGCAAUGAAAUAGUUGACCUACAGAGGGAAAAGAAUACUGUGGAGCAGGAUCUGAAGGAAAAAGAAGACACGAUCAAACAGAGGAGAAAUGAAAUUCAGGAUCUUCAGGAUGAAGUAAAAAGGGAGAGCAAUAACUUGCAAGCACUGUUGAUUCAGAGGCAGGAAGCAGAGGAAAUCCUUCAUGAUCUUGAUGAGGAGAAAGCCAAGUUGGAAGAGGAGCUUAACAUCAUUCGACAAAAAUGUGCUGAGGAAGCUGAUUUGAUUGCAUCACUAAAGGAAGAAAUAACAGAUCAGGAGUCCAAACUCUCAACAUAUAAGAAUGAUUUGAACAAUGCCCAAGAAGAGCUCAGCAGAUUACAGCAGGAAACAUCAGAGCUAGAAAAGCAUGUAGAAACAGGAAAGCUGCAGUUGGCACCUCUUCAGUGGGAUCUCCAAGACACACGACAAGAAAUUACCUCAGUAGAAACAAAACUGUACGAGUUCAAAGAACUGGAAAACAGCCAGUUUAACUGGGAACCUCAAUCACAGAGCACAAUACUUAAUGGAAAUUCAGAUCAUUCUAGCCUCAGCAACAGCAGCAGUGAAACUGCUAAUGAGAAUGCUGAAAGAGAGAAUUCAGCUGACACUGAACAAAUAAAUCGUAAAUCUCCUGGCAGGAAUAGUCCAGAAACAGCAUAUGUAGAAACAGUUGAAGAAGAGAAAGAGAUUUCAUCCCCAGAUGUUACCAAAAAAGAAGAACCAUUUAAUGAAGAAACCCAACAGCUCUCUGAUCAGAUUACAGGAUCCAAUUUAGACUUCUUUGAGUCUGAUCCAUUUGUUGGUAGUGAUCCUUUCAAGGAUGAUCCUUUUGGAAAGAUUGAUCCUUUUGGUAGUGAUCCUUUCAAAGGUUCGGAUCCUUUUGCUGCUGACUGUUUUUUCAAGCAGUCAUCCACAGAUCCUUUUGGAAAUAUUGACCCCUUCAGCACAAACAACCACAGCAGCAAUUCUACAACAGAAACGCUGAAGCAUAAUGAUCCUUUUGCUCCUGGUGGAACUGCUGUUACUGCAACAAGUGAUCCAGCUACAGAUCCCUUUGCUUCUCUGUUUGGAAAUGAAUCAUUUGGAAGUGGUUUUGCUGACUUUAGCACAUUGUCAAAGGCAAACAAUGAAGAUCCUUUUAGUUCAGGUACAACAAGCUCUCUCAAUAAUAUGGUCAUAACCAAAAAUGUAUUUGAGGAACCUCCAUCCAAAAAUGAAGACGUUCCUCCUGCUUUGCCUCCUAAAAUUGGAACACCUACCAGACCUUGUCCUCCCCCACCUGGAAAAAGACCUAUCAACAAAUUGGAGUCUUCAGAUUCCUUUAAACCGAAUGAUCCUUCCCAGCCAUUCUCGGGUUGUGAUGGUCCCAAAGAACAGGAAGCUGACCCAUUUGCUCCUACUGGUGUGUGCAAAGAGAUGGACACCAGCAAUUUUGCUAAUUUCAGUGCUUAUCCUACUGAAGAAGACAUGAUUGAAUGGGCAAAAAGAGAAAGUGAGAGGGAAGAGAAAGAGCGACUUGCAAGGUUAAAACAACAAGAACAAGAAGAUCUAGAACUUGCUAUUGCACUCAGUAAAUCUGAAAUAUCAGAAGCAUGAAGAAUUGCCUCAACCAUUUCUCCCUUUCCCUGGAUAAUUAUGCUAUUUGUAAAGCUAAUCAUAAAUACAUAUGAACAGGGAAAUACAAAAGGCUUUAAAUUCCUACAAAUGUGAUUUUUGAGCAACUGAAUCUUAUGUGUAUUUUUUCAUAUUUUCCAUAUUCACUAAUGUCAUCUGACAACUCUUUAACAUAGUAAACUUCCAUUUGUAUUUAUCUCUGAUUUCUUCUGUACUAUAAAACAUUACACCAAAGUAGAUUCUUUUCAGGCAAAAAGACAGCUCUUUAUUAUUUUAAAAUUAGAAUAUUGAGGCACACCAGUCUACUUUUGAAAGGUCUCAAAAGGCAGUUAUAUCUCAUACCCUUUCUUUCUUGCACUGAUUUUUUUUUUUUGUAGGGUUGAAGAUCUAAAAUGUGCAGGCGUAUGUAACUACAUGAAAUGGAUUGAUUAGCCUUUGGUCCUAUACAGCUGGCUACUAUGUUACUAAUUUGUCUUAAAAUUGAGUAGAUGGCUAUUUAUAUGUCUUGAUUAGCUGUCUCUUUAGAAGGUUCAUUUUUGCCAAUUACUAUAAGAGUGAAUUGCUUUUGUUCUCUCAGAUAACCUAUAGAGCAAAACACAUUGUUACUUGUAAGCAAAGCUGGUCAUGCAGUUAUAAAUUAAAGUUAUAAAAUAUCUGGCUUGCAAAUAAUUCAGGUAACUAAAAUUCUGAUAAUCUUGCCUUUUGCUGAAAUGUUCAUGUCUAGUUAUCACAGGUAUUAGAAAAUUAUUGUAUAUUUCACAGAGAUAAUGACAAUUUAUUGCUAGGCACAUACAGUGCUUUCAUGCCAAUUGCUUUUCUUCUUUCUUUUUAAAUAAAAACUCCACAGCUAGAUUGGGUAUCUAAUAGAACUGCCAGUGUUCCAGACACUGUAAGUGUUUCCUGAAACUGUUAACUCUCAUUUUUUCUGUUGCAUUACACUUUUACAACUUAGUCUAGUAUUCAAGGAAAAUUUGUAAAAUUGGACUGUUUGGCUAAGUUUACUAAGACAUACUCUGUUUUAGGUCAUAUUUUUUCUGUGAAAUAUGCAAGUAAACUGGUAAGUUGACAGCUGAAUUUGAAAUAGAGAAAGAAAUAGAAUGCAUAAAAUAAUAGUUUAUAACACUUACUGUUAGGUAUAAUUUAUUGAAAGCCAAUUGAUAGUUGCACCUUAAACUGAAAUACUGUUUUAUGGUCACUGAGACAAAAUAAGAUUAAGUAUUAAUGAAAGUAACUUAUUACCUGUUCUGUGUAAUGUGUUCUGUUCUGCAGAGUGAUAACCUCAUUCUGAAUGACUACUUUUCCACCCUCAAUACAUGCACAGUUAAGUUACAGACUUAGAAAAUUAGUGGCUUUUCCCUCCCAAACCUGUGGUAUUUGUAUAUGAAAUAACAAGUUUUUGAAAGGUUCUUCUGCUGCAGGGGGUUACAUAGUCAGCACUGUCAAGCUGAAGUGACUCCAGUUACCUGUGGAUGCUUCAGUCAAUCUUUUGAAGAAGGUAGUUUUCCUCAGUUAUCCUGAAAAUGUUGAGACUUGUUUUAAGAAACUUUUUCUUGCACUAGGAACAUUUGAAAACACCUAAUCAGAAAAGUUAUCUAGCAAACCCUCUUUCAAUAUCAAUGUCCAUAAUUUAUCUACAUGACCUUUGUAAUAGCAUUAACAUGCAUAUUGUAUUUUUAACUGGACUGCAUACAUUUACUUUUUUUACAUAUAUACUUGGUGGACCAACACAAUGUGUAUGCAUGUUACACACAUGCACACACACAUUCUCUCUCUCUCAAGCUUUCUUGUAUAGGAUUGAAAAGUUCUGAGUCACUUGAUGUUACAUUUUAUGUUACUGACUGAUUACAGAGCCUCUACUCAAAGGCUUCUAAAUCAACCACUGCUGUGUCAGCUUCAAAGGCAUUACUGUUAAAAGUUUAAAAAAGCUUUUACAAACUUGUUCAGGUGGUAUUAGCCUCUAUUUAUAGACCUAUGUUUAAAAAUUCUAAAAUAGCCUGUAAUUAUGAAUAAAACACUUUAAGUAUAUGA